AUGAAGGCCGCGCUCCACUUCGACAGUGUGCAAGGCUUCGGGGAGUGGCGCAUCCUCAUCUCCACUCGUGCGGACAGGGAUUUGCGCCAAGCGCGCCGGAAGAACACGAAGCUGUUCAAGAUCAUCGUCAAAAAGAUCAAGGAGCUGUCCAACGGCCACUUCUCGGAUGACAACCAGAAGCGGUUGACUGGCUUGGACGUGGAGGUCCCUAUAUACGAAGCCAAGAUGACCGGCGACACGCGGCUGGUCUACCAGGUGGAUUGUGUGUCUGAGUUCGAGAGCGACAUAUUCGGCGUCUACACACACGCAAAGCUUGAUCGUCGGUUCUGGGACUGCAUGGGUCGCCAGCUGGAGCGCAAAGGAACGGAAUACAAGAAACGAUGCAUGUUCCGUAACCCUCCAAUGAACCCUGGUGACAACGUCUACAUGCCUGCGUCCUGGCCUCCGCCAGUGGACGUACCUACUUUCGAGCCUGUAUCUGGUAUCACUGAUAUGAGGAAGGAAGACUACGAGGAGCUUCACUCGCUGCUGGUCCUGGAGAAGUUUGUGACGUUCUCUCAGGCGCUUCUCAAUAGCAUCAUCGCGGACAAAGAUGUCGCGCACGUCUUUGAGAUCUCUUUGCAAGAGAAGAGGAUCAUUGAGCAUCCUUCGUCAUGUUAUGUUCUCGGGAGAAGUGGCACUGGGAAAACGACCACGAUGCUAUUCAAGAUGCUCGGUAUCCAGCGCGCCUGGGAGCUGCAUCGCGAGAUAAUGCCAAAGCCCCGGCAGCUCUUUGUAACGCAGUCGCGCGUGCUGGCCGAGAAAGUCGAGGAGUACUUCACGAAGCUGCUCGAGUCCCUCGCGACGGCGGGGCGGUCUCCGUCAGAGCUGAAGAGCCUCGUAGAGCGCCAGAAGCACCAGCAGGAGCAGGGGCUCGUCGAUCGUGACGAGGAGAUCUACUGGCGCGGGGACCUGCCGAAGCGGUACGGUGCGCUGAAGGAGGAGCAUUUUCCAAUGUUCCUAACAUAUGAUCACGUCUGUCGACUCCUUGAGAGCGAGUUCCGCCACAUUGAGCGGGACAUCGAGCGUAAGGCGGCUGUCUCUCGAGCGAUACAAGAUGCAUUUCAGCUGCAGGAGCCCGACGGGAGAGACAACACGCUCUCGAACGACUAUAUGCAGCAACGUCGUAAUCAUUUUGUCUCUUUCGGAACGUUCUUGGAAGAGUACUGGUCUCACUUCCCACAGGCGCUGACGAAGGGUCUUGAUCCAACCCUGGUGUUCGGCGAGUUCAUGGGGGUUAUCAAGGGCUCAGAGCCAACCCUAGAAUGCGCAGAAGGGUACCUCACCAAGGAUAUGUACUUUGGUCUCAGUCACCGCACGCAAGGCACUUUUGCUAACCAGCGUGAGACCGUGUACGCGCUGUUCGAGACGUACCUCAAGAAAAAGAAGGCGCGAGGGGACUAUGACGCUGCAGACAGUUACAUGCCCUUGGUAUGUCUUGAAUCCUCUCUCCACCAUUUGAUUGUAAUAGUAAUUGGUACCAUUCUCGAAGUCUUGAGAACGCUUUGUAGCAACCCACAUGGUAUGUUCUGGGCCGGAGACACCGCCCAGACGAUUUCUGUCGGAAGCGCCUUCCGCUUCAACGAUUUGAAGGCAUUCCUAUACCGAGUCGAAGAGGCGAACGCUGGCGGGAACACUGAGAGACGCACGCAGCCGGAAUCUUUCCAUCUAGCCGUCAAUUACAGGUCUCAUGCUGGCAUCGUCGACUGCGCCCACUCUGUCAUCGAACUGAUCACGCAGUUUUGGCCUCACGCUAUUGACGCUCUGGCGCCGGAACAAGGCAUGAUACAUGGGUUGAAACCCGUGUUCUUUAGUGGAUGGGACCAGGACACAGCUCGAUACGAGCAGUUCCUGUUCGGAGAAGCUGGAAGUCACAUUGAGUUCGGCGCCGAACAAUGCAUCCUUGUUCGUGAUGAAGCUGCCCGUGACAGGUUGCGUGCACUAGUCUUGCUGUAUAACUUCUUUGAGGACUCUACGACCGAUCUCUCUCAGUGGCGAGUCGUCUUGAAUGCCCUUCCUGAGGCUCAGCGCGCCAAUCAUCCGGCACCACGUUUCGACGAUGCGCGCCACGGCGGUGUUUGUCGUGAGCUCAAAUUCUUAUAUGUCGCGAUCACUAGGGCGCGUAAGAAUCUCUGGAUCGCAGAUGGUUCCACGAAAGGAGAGCCGAUGAGACUCGUCUGGACGCAGAAAGACCAGAUCCAGAACUGCACUCCCGGAACAGAUGUUCCACGCCUUGCCAUGUCGUCUACUGCCGAGGACUGGGCUAAGACCGCGCUAUCUCUCUUCAACAACCGGCGCUACAUGCAGGCUAUGCACUGUUAUGAGCGCGCUGGCCUUUCACGGGAGAGAGCAGUGGCAAAUGCGUACUACCUUCGAGAACUUGCACGCACGAGGCCCAUCAGUCGCGGGGACACCAGUUCCAGGGUUUCCGCAUUCCUUGCAGCCGCUCAUGCGUUUGUUGCUUCAGCGCAGAAAGCGGUUACUGAGAAGAGCGCUUACUACCGGAUCGCCGCACAGUGUUACGUCGACGCUGGUUCAGACUACGAGGCGGCUUGGGCAUAUGCCCAGGCUACGGAAUACACUCUUGCCGCUCAAUACUACCGGAAGGCUGGGAAGUUUGAGGAAGCAGUGGAGAUCAUCAAGACUCACAAGGACAGGAUGCAGCCCGAAGUUGUCGAAAGCAUAGUCGACGUCUCGAGAUUAUACUUUCUCCGAGAAAAGCAGGUUAAGAAAGCUAUGGAAUUGUUCGAAAGUGAAAACGACGCCCUCGAGUACAUGGACGACUUCGGCCUCGAUCUCGCGCGGGCGCAAUUCCUCGAAGAUACCGGACGCUUGUCAGAGGCAGCCGACGUCCAUCUCAGCGAAGGCAACAUGCUCGAGGCUAUUCGGGUCCUCUCAAUGGAUGGCAGCAACGAAACCUCUUUGAAGCGCGCACUAGAUUGUCUAUUGGAGGGACUUUGGCGUAAUCUUUCCUGCGGUGUGCCCGUGAACGAGGAUACACUUAGGUCCAACGCCGUGCUUCGCAAGUUGCUGCUAUAUGCCAAAACUAUGGAAGGCGUGUCUGGAGGCGAUGAACUGCUACGCGAUCAGGUUUUCAUGUUCACAGCUAUCACAAAGCAUGACGUACAACAACUGCUCAUCCUUGCGAAGAAGCUCAGUGUUUCGGAGGCUACUAGUCCUGCUGCCUUCAUAUGUCUGGAUCGCGUCUUUUCCGUCCCACUCAACCUCCAGACUGCAACCUCGUCUCAGGUCGUGCACGCGCUCCAAACUUUCCAUCAGUAUGCGUGUAUGCUCCAAAAGCUCUGUUCUGUCAAGAAUCCCUGUGACGACCCAACUGUUCGGAAAGUCUUCGCGCUCCAAGCUAUCACAGAAGACUCUUUCCUUGUUCCAAAGGGCGCUAUCCUUGCCGCGGGAUGCGACGAUCGUCUCACUCCUUCAGCACAAGAGACAGAGCAAGGCGUUCGUGUCAAUCGCUGGGAGCUCGAGAAGCUCAUCAUACACGUUCUGAAACUUCGCCUACGGAAGAGGGUGAAGGAAGAGGACGAGAUGUGCUAUGGCCUGCAACUUCUACAACCUUGCCUGCCUCACGCCGUCUUCCACCAAUGCAACCGUACCAACUGUGCUCGCAUUCACAUCGAAUCCAAGCGCUAUGACGCUGCUGCUUAUCAUACUCGGAUUCGGAUACACAUCCUACAAAUACUCAUAUAUCAAACGCUCCAUGCUGUUGAGGACUUCCAUGAGCACGCCCGGCACCGACGUCACUGGCUUCGGCGACUUUACGACGCUCUUUAUCCUCCAUAUUACAAGCUGGGCUCCAUACACCUCCUCUCUUCUGCGCUUAUCCCGGAGUUCACAGUGGGAGGCCAUGUCAUCAAAUCCUGGGUGAACGAACAUCUGUAUUCGCUGAGUGCCUACCAGUCGAACGCGUUCAUAACCAACUUCAUACAAGGGCUUCGUCUGGCGUUCGUCUUCGAUGCCAACAACGCGUCGGAAUAUGUGUAUCGUACACCAGCCGUCAUGACACAUCGACCGUCUGCGUUAAUGCGGAGCGGCGAAACCAACGUGUAUAUCGUGCACUACGUUUUGGAUUCAAUGCAGAACAGCGACAUCAGCGCACUCAACAAAGGUGUACUGUUCAUGAACCACAUCCUGGAAAAUAGGGUUCCUAUCGACAUCGGGGUACUUUGCGACUUCAUGGAUCACCUAUGCGGCUCGCUUCUCGCUGCUUCGCGGCUACGGGCGACCGGAAAUUUGCACGGCUUAAUGCUUCCCAAGAGCUGGUUACUCCGUCUCGUAGCCAUCGCUGAAGUAUUGCGUGUGAAGGACACGCAAUUGGUGAAAAUAUACAAGUCAAAAAUAAGCGAGCUGUUAGAACCCCUCUACACUGGACAGGGCGCAGUAAUCACAGCUGACCAAUUUAGGUACGUGACUGCGAGGAGCUGGGAUCGGCUCGCUCGUGUGGUCCGGCAUUCUGUCGAGGGCUCGGGCCUAGAUGAGAUGGUACAGCUCCGCUAUGGUCCCCGAUCAGAAGAGCAGGGGUCCACAUACGACGUUCGACACAUCGUGUACAAUCGCCUCGAGGAUAUCCCUCGGCUGCUCAGGACAGAGGGGUCCAUUGCGGGCUCUGCAGACCACGUUGGAACGGAGGCCAUUCCGAUCGCCCCUCCGGCCGCACCUCAGGAAAACGCUGAGCUCGAGAAUAAUGAGGACCCCGCUACUGCAGAGGAUGACGAAGAAGAUACCGCGGAGCAAGCGGUGGACGCUGAGCACGUUGCACAAGCCAUCGACUCGGACUACACCGCCGCUGCACCGACAGCGCCCACAGCCGAGGAGAUCAUUGCUGCCACGACGAUUGCAGAGGCCUAUCGGCAACAUAUCCUGCGGAAAGAGAAACGCGUGAAGAGGAAGUCCUCUGAGGAAGUCCGACGGCGAAUCUUCGAAUCCUUCCUUGCGGAGGCGGAGAGGAUGGAGUGGCCGCAUCGUUAUUACCGUAUGCUCUUCCUUGGCCCGAUCCCACACCUCUACAUCGUCGUCGAGAGCAUGAAGAAUCACCUACACGAGGCAAGGAGCUCGGAGAGGAAGCGAUUCAACAUCGUACGGCACCUAGAACUCGAGAAAGUGCAGUCGGCUCUUACCCAGCUGAACCAAUCGUUCAAGGUUGCGAUGGCGUUGUUCCAGGCGCUCGCUCCCGCUUCCGAAGUUCACAAGAGGCGCGAUUUGGACAAGCUCAAGGCACAUGUGUCGGAGGUGGAGGCGCUGAUGCGUAGCCUGCCCGCGGCGAUCACUGGUAAGUGGGAGAGCGACAUGCAGAUCGCGCUGCGUGGCAUCGUACAGGUCGCCAAACCCCCCGUGAAGCAGUCGAAGCCGGACCUGAACGUCGAGGACUUGGUUGAAUACUAG